UUGCUAAUGUUUGUGAGGGUGGAGGAUGAAUCUCGGCCAUCUGAGGCUACACACACUCUCUUACAGAGAGGUCAGAGGGCAGAAGAUAACCGAGGGAGACCCGGAUGCUUGGCGCUGGAAACAACCCAACACUCUAAUUCCAUCUUUCUAUUACUCUCUCUCUCUCUCUCUCUCUCUCUCUCUCUCUCUCUCGGUCUCUCUCUCACUCUCUCUAGCUGUGAGGUGGAACAGGAGAAGGCGGGCGGGCCAGGAGGGAGACUAAUCACCGGCUCUCAUAAGGAGGGGGCCAGUGGAGAGUGAAGCGGCUGUAUGCCUGACCACACAGCUGCUCUUUGUCCUUUUUCGCUCUCUUUCUUUCACUCUCGCACUCUGCUUUCCACUCUCCGUCCCUCCGUGAACUCUCGACACCAUGGAGCCCAACAGUCCUAAGAAGAUCCAGUUUGCCGUCCCACUGUUUCAGAGCCAUUUGGACCCUCAGGCAGCAGAACAUAUACGCAAACGAAGGCCCACUCCAGCCACUCUCGUCAUCUAUAACGACCCCAAUGCAUCAGGUAACGAUGAUAAGCAGUCAGCAAGUGGUCAGUCAGAGACUCAACUGUCUCCGGCCCAGAGGAAGACCAGUGUGUACACACCACCCACCAUGAGAGAACUGCAGUUGGUGGUGAACCAGCACUUUCAGAGACAUGAGCAGACGGAGACAGGGCUCUCUGACAGCCCAGACACGCCCAGUCCAAUCGCAGCACAGCAGCCCAAUGGUGCCGCGACUCAGUGGGCCAAUCACAGCUCCACAGAGUCUUAUGUCAGUUGUGAUGGACAGGCAGAGAGCAGUGAGGCGGGUGGGGAGUCAUCAGAGACGUCAGCGUGUCGACAGAAAAGCGCGUCCAGUCCUUCGUCUGUCUCGCGAUAACCUUAUCCUUCAUCCGAAUCGUCUCUGAGCUGUGUAUCUUCUUCCUUGUAGCUGUUGUAUACAAUUCUUCAGAAAUUCUUUCUACAUCUCUCUUUCUGUAUACAUACUUACAUUCUACUUUCACCAAUAUUCGUGUUGAAUACCUCAAUGAAAGUUCUCUGUCUUUUUCUCAGUAUGCUCAUUCUCGAUUCAGCCUUGCACAAAACAGGAACGUGUAUGAUUUAGCAUAUUUACAUUUGCAAUAAUACCUACGAAAUGCUCCCACUACAUUAGCAAAAUUGUACAAGCAACCAUCAUGGUUCACUGCAUCUGCUUGCAACUUCACAAACAGAUCUUUCACGGGAUAACAUUUCUAUGACAUUAUCUCCUCCGAUAUAAUGAUUUUACAUUUAAUUCUGUUAGCAUACUGUCAUACUGGCACAUCAUCGCACACAUCCUAUUUCUGCAGAGUGGCCGAUGUCCCUGUAUCAACAAAGAGCUCGAAGAACAUUUAGUCAGCCAAUCACAAGCAAGCUUGCAAAUCUGGCUAUUGGUUUUAAUGAUAGGAUAAGUAACUAUGUAAGGAAUAAACCACUUGCAGACAUGCCGUUACAGUAAAAUAAUAAAUGAUGGGGAGUUACUGUUAGCACCCUGAAGUUGAUUAUUUUUCUAGAACAGCACGUCAGGAAGUGUUUUAUUUCUCUACAAACUACUGCGAUGCUUACCAAAUGUAACCUUACCAAGUGUACGACGAAAGUCUUAUGAAUUCACACGUGAAUAACGACCACCUUAAGUACAUCUUUGUACAUGUUUGUUAGUUAACAACACACAGGGGUUAACUAAAUCAAACACGCUCUUUAAGAAUGAAUAUGAAUUGUACGUUGUCAUGUCGUGAGAUGUAAGGGAGAAGGAUACGGAAGCAAUUGCAAUUAAGAGCUUUUAUUAAAAGGAGACAAAUCCAAAUCGUGAAACAGAGGCGUAGUCAAAAACAGGCAAUGGGUCGGGCAUAAACUGGAUAAAGCAGGAAUCGAAGUCGCGGUCACAGAAAACAGGGUCCCAAACACAAAACAAGAAACAUGAAACUAUGACAGGGAACUGGGAGCGGAAAACAUCAGCGUGGUCCAAGUGAACUAAUCUAUAGUUUAAACUAACUAAAUCUAUCACGGUAUGUAACAUUCACGCUCUAACUAUUUUAACUAUAUUAACUAUAAUACUCCGCGAGGUGUACAGGGAAGCGAGCGGUACAUAUCCCGAACAUAAUCAGCGUUAAGUGCAGAUAGCUGAAAACAAUGAAGGCACCCCCCGAACAACAACCAAUAACAGAACAGGGAGGAGACAGAACAGAAACAAAGCAAACGUACGUGUCCAGAGUAAACGAUGUCACGGUUGUCAACAUUCGAAGAGCGGGCGCCCUCCGGCUCUCCAAGCGCGCUGCCUAAAGGGGAAACCGUGACAUACGUGCAUCAUUUCAAAUUGUUUAUAGAAUUUAAUAAUAUAAUGCAGCUGCAUACACAAACAUCACUGGAUGGUGUUGAGAUUAAAUUAUUGGUGUGUGUUAUUAGUGCGUCUUUCUACGUUCGAUAAGGAGGAUCGGUGUACAUUAUGAAAGCAAUCCAGCACCAUCCAGUGAUGUUUGUGUACACAGCCGCAUAUUGCAAAUCGUAUAAACGAUUUGAAAUUAUGCUCAUUUAAUUCCUAUUCAUUCUUAUAGAGCAGGGUUGGUUUAGUUUAGCCCUACAUGUUAAUUAAUAGAUGAACUAACAAUCAUGUACUAAGAUGUACUUCAGGUGGUCAUUAUUCACACAUGAAUACGUAAAACUCGCAUCACACCAUAGUUAACGAUAACUCUUCAUUUGUUUGUGAUUAUUACAUGCCUUAACUCAUCAUUAGUUCAUAUUUAAGUAAGUAUUAAUUCAGGUACAGUAUUAGUGCAUGAUUCUUCAUGUUAUUAUAAAAUAUUACCUUUCAGUUUAACGUCAUGAAAUAUCUGCGAAUCAAAUCAGUUCUUGUUAUCACUUACACUAUAGCAACUAUAAAACGUCGUUCCUUCUCCUGUGACGAAAGACUUACUGACUGACACUGGAUACUCCUUAAGUGAUCAUAAGUGUUAAACAAACUCACAGAAAGCUUCAUCGUAUCUAUUUUAAGUAUGAUACUGUACGUUUUUCUUUGUUGUAUAACAUGUUUUUAAUUGUGGAUUGUCUACCUUGCGGAUCAGUCUUUGGGAAUUAGCUACUUAACACCACUUAUGUACUGCUGAAACGGUAACAUUAAUAUUAGAUAAGCUACAGUAAAUGGGUAGCUAGAUGAUAUGGUGUGUUUAUGUAGCUGGCUAGCUUUUCUAACUUUGAAAAAUGUUGCUAAUGUUGUGUAAUUCAAACCAGUAGCUGCAAAAUAAAUAAAUAAAUAAAUACAUAAAUAAAUAAAAAAGAACUGAAAGGGUUCUUAUGAUGUUACUUGAUUAUAUUUGGAAUUUGCUGUACAAAUUGAUCUUAAGCUCCACCCAUGUAACCCCAGUCAGGACGUGUAUACUUAUUUUUACAUCCCUGAUCACAUUUUUUUCCAAGGUUAAAUAUAUAUAUAUAUAUAUAUAUAUAUAUAUAUAUAUAUAUAUAUAUAUAUAUAUAUAUAUAUAUAUACACACACACAUAUAUAAUGGCAUAUUUUCUGGCAGAUGAGUAGAAAUGCUUUUGUGCAGAGUUAGGAGUUUAAUUUAUUUAUGUACUGGGGGGGUCAGAAAACUGGAAUGAAAGAAAUAAAGGUCAUUUUUUUCAAGCUUGAAAUGGAUGCUGAGUGGAAUGUUUGGUGUGCUUACAGUCUUCUUCAUAAGAUUCUACACAGAAUUAUGUUGUU